AUGGAAGCUACCUCGAGCGAACCUCAGCCGGGCCGCGCGGAGGACAGUGUUGGAUAUCGAUCCUACCAAAUCCAGUUCAAUCCAAAAGACUCGUUGAUCAGGGAAGCAACGACUGAAACAGUCCCAUCCAGCUUCACAAAGAACCUCCUGAGGGUUGCAAAAUGGUCUUCAGAUGGAAGUACAGUCUUGACGGAAGCAGAGGAUCGAUCGAUACGAUUAUUUAACGGUGUCAACUCCGAUCCCCAUGUCGAUGAUGAUGGCAAUCCACAUCGAUCUUCUUGGAGGCCGACACGGAAUUUCCCAAUGGCGGAUGCUCUGCUAUCUACUUGCUGGUUUCCCUAUUCAAGUUCAACCGAUCCCAGUCGGUAUUGUUUUGUGGCCGCUGUCAAGGACCAUCCAAUUCACCUGCUGGAUGCUAGCGAUGGGCGGAUUCGAGCCUCAUAUCCGAUCGUUGACCACAGAGAACGCAUGGUAGCACCUCAUUCGAUGCUAUUCUCUGAUGAUGGUACCACACUUUUCGCGGGUUACGAGUCUGCCAUUGAAAUAUUUGAUGUGUCUCGGUCGGGGGAAGCAGGCGAGAGGUAUAAGACGAUCUCCUCCAGGAAAAGUAAAGACGGCCAAAAAGGUAUAAUUUCCGCCCUGGCUUUGGAUCCUUCACAGCAAGGACUCCUUGCGGCAGGAUCGUAUUCUGGACAGAUUGCUUUGCAUGAUACGAAAUCUAGUGAAAUCGCACCGGCCCUUGUUUUCAAUACAACUGAAACAACAGGUGUCACUCAGGUCAAAUUCCAUCCACAAAACGAUCAAGUGAUGUUCUCGGCUUCUAGGAAGAGCAAUCAGAUCCUCUGCUGGGACCUUCGGUAUGGAGCCACGACGUUCCACAGUUUCAAUAGACCUGGAAGGACAAAUCAAAAAAUCCAAUUCGACACCGAUUGGGCUGGUACUAACUUGAUCACCGGGGCAACCGAUGGAAAAAUCCGAUUCUACAGCCUGAUGGAUGUCAAUCAACCAGCCCAGGAGUUUCAGAUUCAUUCAGAUACGAUUGGUUCGGCUUCGUUCAAUCCUACAGCUUCGACAAGCAUAGUAACAUGUGCCGGGUCCAGACGCCCAUCCGUCAACCUGUCAACCUCGCCACCUACCUCACCUUCUAGUCUCUCAUCAACCAAUCCACAUCCUGCUCAGGAAAUUUCCUCCUCAGUCCAUCAUCCCAAAAUCACUGAAUUAAAACUGUGGAAAUUCUCUUAUCUUUGA